AUUUUAUCUGAGCUGGUAUUUUCACAUGUUAACUUCUGUGCUUUUUACAACUUUUAUCAGAAAAAUGGUUGAAGGAUUACUUUCUGAAGAUGAGGAAUGUAGUUACAACUUUUAGAACACAAUGCCAGAUUUCUCUCUAGAUGGCCAUCUAUCUGAGUGAUGCGGCUGUCUGUUCGACGGGGAUUUAUACUGCUAUUGUGUCUGUUUGGAGUGUAUGCCAGUGUGAAAGCACUGUACCAUAUGCUUAUGUGCCAAGGUGGAUAUCCUCAUAGCCUAGGAGUGUCAGUACUAGUUAAAGGCAGCAAUCAGACCCUGUAUCACUACAACCAGAACUCACCGAUGGUGUUUGUUGGUGGAGUACCUCGCUCAGGCACCACACUGAUGCGUGCCAUGCUUGAUGCCCACCCGGAUAUACGCUGUGGAGAGGAGACCCGGGUGAUUCCCCGGCUUCUGGCUCUGCGCCAUGGCUGGAGAAGGUCAGCAGAAGACCGCUGGGCCCUGAAUGAGGAGGCAAUCACCCAGGAAAUGCUGGACUCAGCCACAGCUGCCUUCUUGCUUGAGGUCAUUGCUCGCCAUGGUGAGCCUGCACCGCUGCUCUGCAAUAAGGAUCCAUUUACACUGAAGAGCUCUGUCUACCUCUCUAAAUUAUUUCCCAACUCAAAGUUUCUUCUUAUGGUUCGUGAUGGGCGGGCCUCAGUGCACUCUAUGAUCUCAAGACAAGUUACAAUUGCUGGUUUUAACCUUUCCAGCUACAGGGACUGCCUUAGCAAGUGGAGCCAAGCAAUAGAGGUCAUGUUAUUUCAGUGCACACAUGUAGGUUCUACACGCUGUAUGUCCAUACGCUAUGAAAAUUUGGUCCUACGGCCACGCACCACCAUGGAGAGAGUGCUAGAGUUUCUGAAUGUACCAUGGCAUGAAGGGGUACUUCACCAUGAGGAAGCUAUUGGACAGCCUGGAGGAGUUUCACUAUCUCGAAUUGAGCGCUCCACUGACCAAGUCAUAAAACCAGUUAACCUAGAGGCACUCACUCGUUGGGUAGGCCACAUUCCAAUUGAUGUUCUAAAAGAUAUGGACAAUAUCGCUCCAAUGCUUAACAAGCUGGGCUAUGAUCCGACUGCCAAUCCCCCAAGUUAUGGCCAACCAGAUCCUGAAGUGAUUCAUAAUACAGAAAGGGUACUCAAGGGAGAUUUUAAGCCACCAGCAAGUUUAAAAAGACCAUCACAAGAAAGUAUGACAUAAAAAUCUCUGCAUACAUCUGGUCUUUUUGUCUAUUUUAUUGAAGUGCAUGUUGAAAUGUGUUCUAGCAUGACAAUGCCCCUGUGCACAAAUUUUCUUCCUAAUGACAUGUUUUUGUGAGGUGGUCAGAAACUCAUAUGAACACUAGGGAAACAUGCAGAAUUCCACAUAAUUUCUAUGUUCAGGAUCAGACUGUGACCUUUUUUCUGUUUAUUAUUAUAUUAGUUUGUAGUUUAAACUACACAAUUGCACUGUGAUUUUUGUCAAAUAUAGAGAAAGCCUCUAAUGAAAGCUGUAACAAAUGAUAAGAGAAAACAAAAUUCCAGUUUCCCUGUUUUUAAACAGUAUUUUAAACCAGUGGCUUUAAUCACAAUUUGUGAUUUGAAUUGUGCAAUAAUAAUAAUGAAAUGGAUAAGCAAACAGUGUAUACUGCUCUGCAGCAAAUUGUGCCAUAUUGUGUCAAGUAAAACAGUCAAUCCACUUUGGCUUUCUUUACCUUUAGCUAAAGGUGUUAAACUUGCAUGACGAUUAGCUACAACUCUUCUUAUUAGAAAUCUUGAGGUAUUAAAUUCCGGCCUGGAUGUCUCAGAGAGUAUGCCACAAGUCCAUCCUUUUAGAAUUUUUGAGUCAUUUUUACUACUGUAUUUUGACUGAUUAGCACUGCCUUAGUAAAUUGUUUGUGUAAAUAAAAUGACUUCCUUUCUCAA